AUGGUGGAUUAUUCAGUUUACUUGGUGACGGAUUCUAGCAUGAUUCCAGAGUCAUCCACUUUUUUGAAUCAGGUUAAAGGAGCUAUCGAAAAUGGAGUUACAAUUGUCCAAUUACGUGAAAAAACCUUGUCCACUCGAGAUUUCAUAAAAAGAGCAAAAGAAGUUCAUGAAUUAACCAAGAGAAAAGGGAUACCAUUAAUCAUCAAUGAUAGAAUUGACGUAGCUUUGGCAAUUGAUGCCGAGGGUGUUCAUGUAGGUCAAGAUGAUAUGCCAGCUUCAAUAGUAAGAAAACUAAUUGGACUGAAUAAGAUUUUAGGUGUUACAUGCUCAACUUGUGAUGAAGUAAAAGAAGUCGUAGAACAAGGUUUAGCUGAUUAUGUUGGUCUAGGUACUGUUUUUGCCACCAACACUAAAAAAGAUGUUACAAAUCCAGAAGGAGUUGGACCAAUAGGUAUUCGAAAAAUGUUGUAUGAACUUAAAAAAUCAAAGAAGAGGAUUCAAUCUGUUGCAAUUGGAGGUAUAAAUCAAUCUAAUGCGGCAAGAGUUAAUACUUUAUGUAGUAUAAAGGAUAAGUGUAUCGAUGGUGUCGCGGUUGUUUCUUGUAUUAUGGCUAGUGAAAAUGCUGGUAAAUCCACCGCUGAAUUAUGCAAGCAAUUAAGGACUGAACCGUUAUGGCUGCAAACUGUGGUUAGAUUUCAGGAAGAUAUAUCAAUGGAAAGUAUCAGGCGUUUGGUAAGACAGCAACCUUUGGUGCAUCAUAUCACAAACAACGUUGUAAAAAACUUUAGUGCCAAUGUAACCUUGGCCAUAGGUGCUUCACCAGUGAUGUCAGAAUUACCUCAAGAGUUCAAAGAGUUUGUCACCAAUAUUCCUGUUAUUUCAUUAGUUGUUAAUCUUGGAACUCCAAAUGAAGAAUUAAUGAAAGUAUUCAAAACAGCUAUUCAAGUGUACAGUGAUGCAGGUAAACCGAUUGUUUUCGAUCCCGUGGCAUGUGGUGCAUCAAAGGCUAGAUUUGAAGCUUGUAGAAAACUAUUGAAUCAUGGUCAUGUUUCAGUCAUCAAAGGAAAUGUUGGUGAAAUAAUGAGUAUAUGGAAGUUGACUUCCUCAUGUAUCGACAAGGAAGAAAAGAGUUACAUGAGGGGAGUUGAUUCAAUUGCAAAAAUUGAUGAUAAUAUCGACGAGCUAGAAAAGAGAUAUAUGAGGGAACUUGAUUCAAUUGUAAUUGAUGAUAAUAUCAACGAGCGAAAAAAGAGUUAUAUGAGGGGAGUUGAUUCAAUUGCAAAAAUUGAAGAGGAUAAGCUAUUGAGAUAUGGAAGGGAAAUAGCUAAUGAUUUCUUAUCUGUGGUAGUAAUUACAGGACCAAAAAAUUACAUAAUAUCACGAGAUGGAAGACAUGACAUUGUCCCUGGUGGAAGUCCUUUAAUGGGUAGUAUUACUGGUACUGGAUGCUCUUUAGGUAGUACAAUUGCAUCUUUCAUUGCAGUUGAAGCAGCCGAAUCAGGUAAAGGGACAGGUGAUAUUUAUCAGGCAACACUUCAUGCCGUUCAGCUUUAUAAUGAGGCCGGAAAAUAUGCUUCCGAAUCUACCACAACUCCAGGGAGUUUUAUGAUUAAUUUUUUAGAUGAAUUAUAUAGAACAACGCAUGGUUAA